AAAUAACACCUCCUCUUGUUCAGCACCCAAAGUCGAAGGAUAGCUCUGGCCUUUCAAUUGAAGAAAGUGCUAGAUUUGUCAGUGUUGUAUAAUAUAACCAAUUCUCAGUGUCCAUAUUUGUUUUGGAGCGAUCGGAAUUGUCUUCAUUUAAUGUGAGAGACAGAACUGGCGUCAAACAUGCGUAAAAAUCAACGCUGUCCAAGCAGGGAACCACCGAGAAAGGAAUUAUCGCCGCUCAUCUGAGGCCAAUCUCGAUUAUUUUUGUCAAAUAAGGAAACAUAAAAUAGCUAGUUAGCUAACGUUAGCUCCGUAGAUAGCUAGGUUACCGACAUAUCUUCACACAAAAGCAGAAUUCAGCAGAUAAUCAAGAGUGGAUCUACAUUCGCAGCAGCAGGAAAACCUGUAGGCAGCAAUGGGUGCAUUCCUGGACAAGCCGAAGACGGAGAAGCAUAGUGCCCACGGUGAGGGUAAUGGACUGCGCUAUGGCCUGAGCUCCAUGCAGGGCUGGCGGGUCGAGAUGGAGGACGCCCACACAGCUGUGGUGGGCCUCCCCCAUGGACUCACCGACUGGUCCUUCUUUGCUGUCUACGAUGGCCAUGCAGGCUCCCGGGUGGCCAACUACUGCUCCGGCCACUUGCUGGAACACAUCUUGUCAGGAGGGACCGACUUCGGUUCAGGACCCGGCUCCGUGGAGGGCGUGAAGGACGGCAUUCGCUCGGGUUUCCUGAACAUUGACGAAUACAUGCGCAGCUUCUCCGACCUGCGGCAGGGCCUGGACCGCAGUGGAUCAACAGCCGUGUGUGUGUUGCUCAGCCCGACCCACCUCUACUUCAUUAACUGCGGUGACUCGCGGGCCGUGCUGAGUCGGGACACCAAGGUGGGCUUCUCCACCCAGGACCACAAGCCCUGCAACCCCCGUGAAAAGGAGCGCAUCCAGAACGCUGGCGGCUCAGUCAUGAUCCAGAGGGUAAACGGCUCCCUGGCUGUGUCCCGGGCCCUGGGGGACUAUGACUACAAAUGUGUGGAUGGUAAGGGCCCCACGGAGCAGCUGGUGAGCCCCGAGCCCGAGGUGUGUGUGUUGGAGCGGGCGGCCGAAGGAGACGAGUUUGUGGUGCUGGCAUGUGAUGGAAUCUGGGAUGUCAUGUCCAACGAGGAGCUGUGUGAGUUUGUCCGCUCACGACUCCUCGUGUGCGAUGACCUGGAGAAGGUCUGUAACUCAGUGGUGGACACCUGUCUGCAUAAGGGGAGCAGGGACAAUAUGAGUGUGGUGUUGGUGAGUUUUCCUGGAGCUCCCAAGAUCUCAGAGGAGGCUGUGAAGAAAGAAGAGGAAUUGGAUAAAUACCUGGAGACCCGUGUUGAGGAGCUACUGGGAAACUGUGGGGAAGCGGGAGUCCCUGACCUGGUGUCUGUCCUGAGGAGCAUUGCCACAGAGAACAUCCCCAACCUUCCACCUGGCGGAGGCCUGGCCAGCAAACGGAGUGUGAUCGAGGCGGUGUACAACAAGCUGAACCCUCACAGAGAAGAGGAAGGGGCCUGUGCGGGGGGAGAGGAGGAGAGUGAGGAGGGAGGUGGCAGCACAGCGGCUCAUCUGCUGGAGGCUCUGCGGCAGUUCCGCCUGCACCACCGGGGGCAGUACCGCACAGUGCUGGAGGAGUCCCUGGCCGCCUACCAACUGCGGGGGGAGAGCGCUGCCGAGGGAGCAAGGGAGGGAAGGAGGACCCUCAACGAUGAUGACAACGAAGGCCAAAAGCAGCCCGCCUCCCCUCCCUCUCCCCCCUCGCCCCCGCCCUCACCCGCCACUGUAGAGCUGGAGUCCAGCCAAGAUGCGCCCGCCCCAGAGUCCGAUCCCUCCUCUGACUGAGCACCCCGCCUACAUAACCAACCACCCACCCACCACAAGAGCGCUAGUCAGAUGUGCUAUGACCUCUCCUCCUCUUUCCUUCAUCACAGAACUUGAAUGGACACAUUGGCCACUUCCAAUGGUCAAUCAAUGGUCUGCCAUUGCCAUUCAUGAAUAUUUUAAUGAUGCAAUGGAAGUAAAAAUGGCCCCUCUGUCUAUUCAAGUUCUGUCUCCGAGCUACAUAUAUACCUUCCUAAUGAGGACUCUUUCUUUUUUUUUGGUGUGUGUUUCCCCGGUCCUCUGACCACCUUGGCUUGGAUUCCCAAACUUGCCAGCCACUUUUACAACUUGAUCAAACAGACUGAUGUUUACAAUAGAAAAGAAUCAAUGACAAAUUAUUAUCACAUGCAGAAGUGGCUGGUGAAGAAAAAAUUAACCUUGCACUCCAUGGCCUACAUUUACCAGUAUUGGCUUCUGGCUGAUGUCCCACUAACACCCCCUCCCCUCCCAGCCUCACCCCCACACCUGCUUACAGUGGACGAACUGACAAAGAAAAGGAGAGAAGACCCUCCGAACUGCAGCUGUGUUCAACACACUGCACUGACUUCAGGCGUACUCCAUCUACAGUCGACUCGAAAUACACUCUUUUGCGUAUAUGUUUGUGUGUUUGUGUGUGUGUGUGUGUGUGUGUGUGUAUGUGUGUCUGCAUGAGUUUGAGUGACCGAGCAAGAGACCAGUCAUCACUACUGAAAUGUGUGUUUUUGGUAGUGGGUGAUACUUGAGUGUUAGCCCAUUUAUCAGCUUGUUCAGCAAUGUUAGGUUGUUCAAACCAGUCUGGGUACUGAAAAACUGGGCAGUUUAACACAAAGGGACACUGAGGUAGGUGUAGGUGGGUGGUGGGAGUGUACUUGUAGUUUGAGCUUCAUUUCAUUAAAAUCAUUCCCUCACCACAUAUACGCAAUUCCACAUCACCACAUUUUAGUACGCUGCCUCACAGUCACCCACAAAGAGGUUAAAAUUUGUUCCUGGUUGUUGUUAUUCAGGUGGAUGUAAAUGUGCCUGUAACACGCAAGAGGGCAAAACAUACUGGUGACCAAAGGGGCCAUAAAAUGAACAUGUGUUUAAAUGAAAAUUAGACUAAAAGUCUAUAGCCACGCUAUACGCGCUAUAAGCCUUACACACGACCCUGUAAGGCUGUAAUGGUGGUUACACACCAGAAAAUAUUGGAUGUAUGAUAAAUGGAGAGAAACCUUCACGGUGCCAGAUGAAAGGUCAUAUUGUUUCCAAAAUCAAAAGGGUUUAUCCUUUUGCAAAGUGUGUGUUUUUUAUUUCCUUAGACAUACAGUAUCUUGCACUACAUUGUGUGACAUGGCUCAACUUUUGUCUUAGCUGUGUCAGCUUUGUCAGUGUUACCUGUAAACUGCUGUUAGCAGCUCAAAUCACAGCCUAGCCCCAUCCGGGACUGUCUCAUCCAGACAGUCACAGAUGGUUCCAUAGAAGAGCUCAGGGAAGGGGCUGUGUGCUGCUUUUUAACGGUGGUGGAGAAAUUAACCAGAUGUACAUUUGGCAAACCAACCAGUUAGUCUUCAUCCUUAAAGUCUUUCCUCUUUCAAAAAAAUACUUUUUGAAAACACUAACGAUACAACUACAUCUGUGGUUCUCACCAACUGUCAAAUAGCAGCGGGUGUUUUCCGUCCUCUGGCAGCAGUGAUGAGUGACAUUAAGAUUCAGCGCACCAAAAUGAGGCGAAGAAGACACUGCGCUAGAAAACAUACUUACUUGGACAAAAAACACAAAUGUAAGAUUUAUGCUUUAUCAGAAGUGUUUUCAAACUGUAUUUUUCAGUUUUACAAGAGAAAAUACUUCAAAGGUGAAUUGAAGACAUGUUAGCAUGAUAAAGCUAGCUGUUUUGAGCCGAAUACUAAUGUCAUAAUUGGUAACAUGCUAUUGUUAGCAUUCAUCUCAAAGCACAGCUUAGCUGAAGUGCAGCUACUCUGAUAAAGUACAUCUUAGGCAGAUGAAAGCUGAGCUAUGUCAGACUGUGUAGAGCUGAACCUGAGAAAUUUAAGAUGAAAACAAAAGUCUCUGUAGAUACGAUUAACCAUCUCACUUUAGGUAACAAUAUGGCUUUUCUUUUGGUGACACCCUCAGGCUAACACAUUUUUUCCCCCCAAACGUGUUAACAUGCUUACAGUUAGCACACAUGUUAACAACUAUUGCAAGUAAACAUGCUAACAGUUAACAUGUAACAGUAUUUGUCUUGUUUGCAUGCUAAUGUUCAGUAUGAAGUGUUUAUCAUGUUAGCUUGCUUGUAUGUUAACAUGCUAGCAUAUGUUAUCAUUCAUGUGUAAGACAGCUGUGGCUGACAGGCAUGUUGCUGAACUGAAGUGUUGGACAAGCAGUGGAAAAGUUGUCCUGAUGAUGGCACUAGAUGGGGGAUUGGGACCAUUUACAGUUUCUUUCAAAUAUCACAUCAAGUAGUAGUUAGAAUAUUUAACUCUGAAGUGUUAAAUACAUGUAUAUAUGUUAACUGUGGCAGGAUGAGGUUCAGCCUGAAUAUAGCCUAUAUACAGAAUAUUUCAUUCCUCACAGGUUAUGACUGUUGUCUUUUCAAAACAACACAAUCUGAAACUCAUUGUGAACGUUUGAUUCAAACAGACUGAACCUACAGUGUUAUUCUUCUUUGAAAGCAGGUAGAGGGAGGUUAUUGUAAGUCUGUAUAAUGCCCAGUACCCAGUGCUCUGGUAAUGCAUGCACUGCACUUAUCUAUCUAUAAGGCACUUAACUAUCGGAGGGGAGGUUAUGCUAAACACUGUGUGUAUGUAUGUGUGUUUCUGUAUGUAUGAGUUGAAUUUGUAUGCAAUUAUGUGGGCCAAAUCAGUCCCACACAGUUAAAAUGACAAAUGAACAAAUAAAAAUGAUUUGAGGUAUAAUGCUAUGAAUUGUGUCAAGUGUAUGAGUAUCUCUCACUAUAAUCUGACUGUACAGCUGUGUUUCUUGUCUUUUGGUCCUGUACCAAAUCAGUCACCUUGCAAAUGAGUAGACCAGGAUUGUGAUUAGGGAUAGAAAAAGCAGAAAAGUAAUACUUUCCCAUUCAAAAUGAGUUGUAUGACACAAAAAAUCAUUAAAAUCCUUAACGGUGGCAUUUGAUACAGGGCCAUCCCCUGACACUUAUAGUGGAAUUUUUCAGUGUCCUUACUAUAUAAAAUGUGUUGUAUAUGUUUCUGUGUAGGCUGCAAAGGUUUUGGGAACAAGCAGAAAAUAAAUCCUCACCUUCCUUGCCCUCCUCUGUCAGCUUUUAGCUCUAGCCUUGACUCGCAUUUUCAUCUCAGCUGCUUAAAGACAUUUUAAUCUGUCGUCUCCUUUAAAACAAUAGCAGCUCUCAGGUUUGAAACCUCAAAAUAUAUGCCUGCCACUGCAUUGCUUGAGCUGGCGGUGACGAGUGGAGGGGAGCUGCGUAGACUAUAGGGACUCCAUUCUCUCCGUUUCUCCCCCUGCUUUUCAGUCUGACAGUUGGCCUCGUGAUUCUCCGCAAGAGUGCCGGUGAGCUGGAAGACCCCUGGUAGCCAUGGCAAUGACCCCCGUCUCCUCCUGGUGAUCGGUGCAUCAGCCCAAAGGAGGAGUGUCUCUCCAUUGCGCCAUGUCUUUCUCCACUAAAAGAGGACAUGUGGUGUGUGUUGGAGUGCGUGAGUGUGCGUAUGUUGGUUGUGCGUGUGUGUGUGUUUGCAGCUGUGGGACAAAGACGACAACAACUACACACACACGCAUACUGCUUUAAACCUGGAGGAAAACAAAAUCACUUUUCAGAAAUGUCAAGAUUUUAUGAACUGAAGCAUUGUGAUGGUAGAGAUGAUUUUUACCAUUGAGGUGUUAUUUUCUUUUUUUUUCUUUUCUUGAAUGUUGACAUUGAACACCUGACUUCACAAUGACAUGAGGACCUAUAGUGUGUGUGUGUGUGCGUUUGUGUGUGCGAGAGAGAGUUUGUGUGUGAGAGUGUUUCAAGGAGGGCCAAGAGAAGACAGAUGGUGGAUAAAGACUUUGUAUGUAAUUCUUCUCCUGGACUUUUUUAUUUUGUGCUCCUGGGUCUGAUAAUUGCCUAACACCUUUGCUUCUCCCCUCUUAAAAGACACACACACUCUCUCUAACACACACAGACACACCAAAACCAUAAACAACCCCCUUCCACCCCCACUUCCACCUGUGCACGUAUGUGAUGUGCCACCUUCGCAGGGCACUGCAUGAGGACUUUGGUUCUACAUGUACAGCUACAUGGUUUUCUAGUCGACCCGGAUGGACAGCCAUUGGUUGAGACUGACUGAACCCGAAGGACCUCUGCACUCUGAUUGGCUCCUGCCAUGUGAGAAGUGGAAAUGAUUUGGAUUUUUUUUGUUGUUGUUGUUGAUGCUAUUAGGAUGAUGACGAUGAUAAUCAUGAUAGGGAAAUGGGAGGUUAUCUAGUUCACUGAAGAGCCGAGUGCAAGUUGGACUCAUGGAGGCGGGGUAGUGGGUCGAGUGGGGGGGCUGUGGUAUCACUGGUUGGACUUCCUGUAGGAGGAGGGUUAGGGCAGAGUCAACCAGGCCUCCCCACCUCCCUCCCCACCAUCAUGGUUGGAAGUACACAUGACGGCGGACUGUCCUGACAGAGGAAAGUUUUGUUUUUUUUUUUUUUUUUUUUUUUUUUUUUUUUUAAUGUUGUCCAUGAGGUUACUAGCUGCUCGCUAUGUAGAGUGAGUGAACUCCCUGUUUUAACCCUGUUCCUGGUUCUCAGACUGCAUUGGUAAUGUUUGUAUUGCUGUUGUUUGAUUGCACUCACAUUUGAUUACAGAAAGCGUCUAUAUAUGAAAUAAAAUACCUGCCAAGGA